AUGUCACAAACGGCAGAUAUCGCUCGUGUCUACGCUAUGAGGGAAAAGAUAAAGAGAGAAAAGACCAUUCCGGAGGAGUAUCUCGUCAUACUCAUAGAACGCUUACCUCUGUCAUUCGGGCAAUAUCCUCACCAAGACGCCCCCAAGUCAGGUCGGCGAUCGGCUGCAUAUCAAUUACGAUGGAGACUGAAGAAGGCUGGAAUUGUUUACCGGAGGGUCCGUCGUACCGAUCCGCACAUAUUUCUGCCUUUUUUGCUGUCUAUAACACCGCGCGGUUGCGAAUCUUUCGACGACGAGCGGUUCGAGCAGAAUCACCAAGAUCGAUACAACCUUCAUCUCAGCAAUGAUUGUCUAACGCUUCUUCAAGCCCAGGGUAGGAAUUUGAAGAUCGAAGACAACAGAGACUUUCAGGAUUUUAUAAAGCAUCUAUUCGAGCUAGGUCUGGAAACUCCGUACACGUCACCACCACUGACUGAUGCGGAGAAAGAGGAUCAUUGUACAUACCACUUGGCUCACGUUCAGUCUAUCAGAAAUGUGUUUGGUGACUAUAUUCAACGAGCUGUCGCGAGUUCUCUGGUAUCUUUCAACGAGGACCUUUCUUGUCAAGCGGUCGAACGAAGGGACAGCUUCUGGAUGAAGUUCCCUAGCCAGACGAUGCAAGAUGCGAUAUUCAGCCUGGAUAUUGGGUCUACGAAAGAACUUGCUGCUAUUUUAUUUCCCCAUAUCAACCCCAAGAUCGCCUCAUUUCUCUGGCCUCAAACAUGUGACGUUAUUUCAACGCAAACUCUGGAUUACAACGGGGUAUCGCACUACGACGUUCGCCCUGAUCAAUCAAGGCAAGAUCGUGAGUAUCAUCCGAUACCUUCGGAAAUGUAUCAUUGA